AUGGGUACUCCACGGAUCUGGACAAAGGCGUUUGUGGGGCUUGUCAGCUUUUGUGCGAUAGGCCAGGCCCAAACUCCGACCUCAUCGACAACUUCCUCCACCUCCACUUCGGCUCAGUUCACUGUGCCUGCGAGUGCGAACAGCGCGCUCCCCGUCAUUCCCAACAUCAAGGAUCCGUUGGCUGUGGAUGCCCAGGCAGAGUGCCCCGGCUACAUUGCCUCCAAUAUCCAACAGACUUCGUCUGGAUUCACCGCCUCGCUUUCACUAGCGGGUGAUGCGUGCAAUGUUUAUGGUACCGAUAUCGAGGCCUUGGAACUCACCGUCGAGUAUCAGACAGCCGAUCGCUUGCAUGUUGCUGUUCAGCCGACCUACCUCGGCGCGACGAAUGAAAGUUACUACCUCAUUCCUGAAGGCAUCGUGGCAAAGCCUGAUGUCGAGCAGUCCAACGUCGUUUCGGACUUGGAAUUCUCCUGGUCUAACAAGCCAAGCUUCGGGUUUGAAGUGACCAGAAAGUCUACGAAGGACGUUCUUUUCUCUACCAAAGGCAAGAAACUCGUUUAUGAAAACCAGUUUAUCGAGUUCGCAAGCUCUCUUCCUGAGAACUACAACCUCUAUGGACUGGGCGAGACUGUUCAUGGAUUUAGGCUGGGAAACAACUACACGAAGACUUACUAUAACGCAGAUGCUGGCGCAACGAUUGAUGUUAACGUUUAUGGCACACAUCCUUUCUACAUGGAGACCCGGUACUUCACCGAGAACCCGGAUGGCAGCCUCUCGCCUGACAUCCUGCUGGAGCCGGAGAGCAUCACCUACCGUGCCAUCGGUGGUAGCAUUGACCUUUAUUUCUUCCAAGGCCCGACACAACCGGAGGUCACAUCGUCGUACCUGAAGGCUGUCGGCCUGCCCGCCAUGCAGCAAUACUGGACCUUUGGUUUCCACCAAUGCCGGUGGGGAUACAAGAGCUGGUCCGACCUUCAGGAUAUCGUGGAUAACCACGUCAAGUUUGGAAUCCCACUAGAAACUCUUUGGACUGAUAUUGACUGGAUGCUUCGUUACCGAGACUUUAACAACAACCCCGUCGGCUUCGACACCGCCACUGGAAAAUCCUUCCUGCAACGUCUCCAUGACGGCGGCAGACACUAUGUUCCAAUCUUCGACGCAGCUAUCUACAUUCCCAAUCCCUCAGAUCCCAGUGAUGCGUACCCUACCUUCGAGAGAGGAAACCAGACCGGCUCCUUCAUGCAAAACCCAGACGGCAGCCUCUACAUCGGUGAUGUCUGGCCCGGAUACACCGUCUUCCCUGACUGGCUGUCUCAAGGCGCCGAGGCAUGGUGGACCAAGGAAUUCUUGCUAUACUAUCAGGACACCCCCUUCGAUGGCGCAUGGGUUGACAUGAGCGAAGUUUCGUCCUUCUGCGUCGGAAGCUGUGGCAGCGGUAACCUUACCCUAAACCCGGUGCACCCUUGGUUCCCUCUCCCAGGUGAAUCAAGCAACCCGGUGCUCUAUUACCCCGAGGGAUUCAACGUCACCAACUCUACUGAGGCAGCCGCUGCAUCGGCGGCGAUCGCGUCGUUCUCCAGUGCUUAUCCCGAGCCAACUGCCUCGUCUACCGUUUCUUACUUUCGAACCACUCCUACCGCCGGCGUUCGCGAUGUGAACUACCCUCCCUAUGUCAUCAACAAUGUCCAAGGUGCCCUGGGUCGCUCUGCUAUGUCACCUAACGCCACCCACGCAGACGGAACACUAGAAUAUGAUAUGCAUAACCUCUGGGGUCACAGCAUCCUCAAGGCAACAUAUAACGCCUUGUCCGCCGUCUUCACAGGAAUCCGUCCCUUCAUCAUCGGCCGUUCAACCUUCGCAGGCUCCGGUUCUUUCGCCGGCCACUGGGGCGGCGAUAAUUGGUCCAACUGGCCAAGCAUGGCCUUCUCAAUCCCACAAGCUCUCCAAAUGUCGUUACUUGGUAUCCCUAUGUUCGGCUCAGACACCUGCGGCUUUGCUGACAAUACCGACAUGGAGCUGUGUAAUCGCUGGAUGCAGCUUAGCGCGUUCUUCCCCUUCUACAGAAACCACAACAUCCUCGGCGCAAUCAGCCAAGAAGCUUACCGAUGGGCCUCUGUCAUCGAUGCCAGCAAGACAGCUAUGUCCAUUCGCUACCAACUCUUGCCUUACAUGUACACCCUCUUCUACCACGCCCACACCACCGGCGACACCGUCAUGAGGGCACUGGCAUGGGAAUUCCCCAACGACCCGUCGCUCGCAAGCGCCGAUCGACAAUUCAUGCUUGGCCCGUCUAUCCUCGUUACCCCCGUCCUCGAGCCGCUGGCUACAACCGUGAACGGUGUUUUCCCCGGUCUGAUCGAGGGCACUGAGAAAUGGUACGACUGGUACAACAACACUGCUGUCCCCGUUCCAGCCCAGGCCAACACAACCAUCGGUGCGCCGCUCGGUCAUAUCCCCGUCUAUGUCCGCGGCGGCUCCGUCCUCCCACUCCAGCAGACCGCGCUCACGACCAGAGACGCACGAACCAGCCCCUGGGAUGUCCUCGUCGCCCUGGACAAGAACGGAAACGCAAAGGGAGACCUGUACCUCGAUGAUGGCGUCAGUGUUCAGCCCGACGCCACGUUGACUGUUCAGUUCGCCGUCCAGGACAGGAAAUUGGAUACUGUCAUUAGCCACGGUGGAUGGAUUGAUGGAAACAGCCUGCAAAACAUUACUAUCUGGGGUGUUGAUGGCAUUGACAGCGCUGUUAAGUUCAAUGGCCGGAAUGUGUCCAGCUCGAAUGUUAUGUUCGAUAGCGACAAGCACACGCUCGUCGUUUUUGGGUUCAACGUCUCGGCUUGGGCUGGGAACCAGUGGACCCUGGAGUGGUAG